AUGAUAAAGAAGGAUUGGGUGGAGUUGCCUCCACACAGUCAAGAUUAUAAGGAUGGUGUCAAUUACUUUUUGGAUAUUGCGUUUACUAAAGGAAUGGUUGAAGAAGAAGAGAUUUUGUGUCCUUGUGCUGUAUGUUGUAAUGAUAGUUGGGAAGUAAGAGAUGUAGUGCAUGACCAUUUAUGUAGCAAAGGAUUUCUAAAGGGAUACACUGAAUGGAUUUAUCAUGGUGAAGAUGAAAACCUUAUGGAUCUUGAUGACGAUAGUGAUAAUGAAACAUCAUCUCAUGAUGAUAUCGAUGGCUUGCUAUUUGAGACAUUUAAAGAUGUGGCUGAAGGAGGUGGAGUACAUGAAGGUCUAAAUGAAGACGUGCCGGAUGAUAUCUUUGAAAUUCCUUUGUCAGAACUUCACAACCAAAAAUCAAUAGAGAGUGAUCAUAGUGACACAAGUUAUGAAAGUGAUGAUGAAAUCGAUUAUGAUUCUAGUACUGAUUAG